UUAAGUUUCUUCUCUUUUUGUUUUCAAUCUUUGAUUCUUUCUAUGGUUUUAGUUUAUACUCCCUUAAAUUUUUCCACACCUCUGCCUGCAGCUGAAAUAGAGGGUGAGAUGUACAGGAAUCUUGGUUGUGAGGGGUGAGUGAGCCUAUGCAGGAUGCAAACCAUUGGUACAGGGGACGAGGAUGCCAACAAAGAGUGAUCAAGAAGCUGAAUGAAGUUUUAAGGGAGGAAGCAAGGAACCAUUUGAGAAGGGCGCGAUGACUUACAAAGUAUUUCUUUAUGGUUGCGAGCUCCAGGAAAAGCUCCUCCAAGUUGCCAUCCCAGAAUCCAAAUGCUGGGUGCGAGCUUACAGAUCUGACUCCUUUCAGAAUGAGAUGACACAGAUAAAGGGAAGGAGGUAUAAAGAGAUUUAUGUAAAGUGAAAUGGAAAAGAAGUGAUUGAAGUUUACAACACUGC